AUGAACUGUCAGGAAGGAACAGGUGUACUCUCAACAACAUGUAGUGUGACUGAAUUAACUUUGCCCCUUGAGUUAUCAGAGGUAUCCAGAGCUAAAGAGCAUCAUGAGGGAGAGGAGGAUGUAUGUCAGCUACUGAAAGUGUACUUGAGAGUGCGGCCCUUCUCCAAGGCAGAGCUUGAAAGCAAUGAAAAUCAAGACUGCUUAACGAUUGAAAACCAAGAAACGGUAACUCUUCGUGCACCUAAAGAAUCAGCUGCAAUGAAGAACAGCGAAAAGGGAAUUGGGCAAUGUGCACAUCGGUUCACCUUUACUCGGGUUUUUGGACCGGAUAGUACUCAAAGUGAAUUUUUUGAAGGCACAAUGAAUGCGAUACUAAAAGCAUACACCAAUGGAGUGAAUGGACUUGUGUUUACCUAUGGUGUUACUAAUGCUGGCAAAACAUUCACUGUUCACGGUUGUCCAAAAGAUGGUGGUAUUCUGCCUCGUGCUCUUGAAAUGAUCUUCAGUCAUGUAAGAGGAAGACAGUAUCAAAAGAUGGACUUAAAGCCAUGCUUCAGCAAUCUUAUCAAGAGGCUGGAUGAUAUGCAGACUAAGCGAGAGGAAUCCAUAAAAGCUGCGCUCCUUGCCUCUUUGAAAGAGGAGCCUGAUCAUUCUUUGAAGUGUACCACAACUUCAGGUACAUCAGAUUCACCUUGUAGUAACUGUAGCUCACCCAGUCUUCCUUUGGAUCAAUUAGACCAAAGUAAUGAACUACUAGAUUCUGAGAGGGGUAGCAGGUAUCAGAGAACACUGUUGUCUAUCUGGGUUUCUUUCUUUGAAAUCUACAAUGAGUACGUUUAUGAACUACUGGACUCACUGCCAACAUCAAAAAAUCAAAAGCGUAAAGUUCUAAGGAUCUGUGAGGAUCAAGGAGGAAGUUCUUAUGUAAAAGACUUGAAGUGGAUCAACAUAAAGAACAUAGAUGAAGCUUACAAAAUUCUUAAAAUAGGAAACAAAAACAGAAGUUUGUCAUGCACUAAGACAAAUCAGCAAUCAAGCAGAAGCCACAGCAUCUUUUCUAUCAGACUAAUCAGCUUGACUGAUGAGACUAUACCACAUGUUCUUGGAGUCUCUGAACUCUCUUUGUGUGACCUGGCUGGAUCAGAACGAUGCAAUAAAACACAAAGCUUUGGAGACAGGCUUAAAGAAGCAGGCAAUAUUAAUAAUUCUCUUCUUAUCCUUGGGAAAUGCAUUGCAGCUCUGAAACAAAAUCAAAAUCCUACGUUAAGGCAGGCAUAUAUUCCCUUCAGAGAAAGUAAGCUAACCCGCUUAUUUCAACCAUUCUUUUGUGGUAAAGGCAAAGCUUGUAUGAUAGUUAACAUUAACCAAUGUGCCUCUACGUAUGAUGAGACCCUGCAUGUAAUGAAAUUUUCCGCUGUAGCUAAGCAAAUUAUUCAAACAUUUCAACCUAAAAUCUUUGAUUAUUUCCCCCCACAAUACAGUGGGAGGGAAGGUAAGCCUGCAGUACAGUCGGAUGACAUAUCUGCUGAGGAGCUUCCAGAUGAUACUAAUAUAUCCUCCUCUUCCUCUGAAGAAGAAAUAGAUAUUAGCAUUAUGACACAUGAGCGCCUGGAAGAUAUGAAAGAAAGCUAUGAAGAGAAACUGGAGAGUAAAUUUGAAAUGUACAAGGAGGCUAUAAAGAAGCAUGCAUAUAUGUGUGCAAUGGAGCAAAUUGAAGAGCACUAUGUUCCAGUUGAAGAGUUCAUAGCUGAACAAGCAAAAGUUGAGGAUCGAGAGAUGAAAAUACAGCAGCUGAAACUAAAGUUUGGAGAGUCCAAUGCCUUUACUUUGGAAAGUCCUUAUUCAGAUACCACAGAGGGGGAAAUGAAUCCGGAUGUUAAGUACAAGAUGAUGAUGCAGAGAGCUUCAGAUACCUUGUCAAGGCAGUGUGAGGAGAAAGAUGAGUUAAUCAAAUCGCUGAAGCUGAAAAUGCAAAAAUUAAAUGAAAUGUUACAAGAGGCCAAUGAUGUCUAUAAAAAAACGGUUGAGGAGAAUUAUAGACUGAAGCAAGUGAUCAUGUUCAAGGAACAAGAGACUGAAGGUCUCCAAACCUGGGCUAAACGUGUCCAUGAACUUGAAGCCACAGUAUCUCUUCUACAAAAAGAACUAGAUGAAAGCAAGAAGUUUCUUAAUGUGGACGAUUUUAAACAUCGAAAAUCCAAGAAGGGGUUUUUUUCAAAUCUUAAGUAUACAGUAGCUGAGGUUCCUAAAACAAACAGCAAAGACUCAGAAAAACUUAAUUGGUCGCCUACAGUGAUGUGUAAGCAAACAGUGCAUAAAGUAAAAGAAUCGCUUCAGUCUUUUUAG